CACCGCCCCGUACCGUGGGUGCCCUGUCCUCGAGCCGCAAUUCGGCCUCGAGUAUACGUCACCGCCGAUCUGUUGAUCAUCAACAAUCAACACCACAGGAAUAUCGCAACGUCCUCACAUGAAUUCAGUAAACCUAUCGAAAUUGCAUAGACGACGUGCUGCUGAGCGAGCUCUUCUUGCCUUGCUCGUUGCUGUGCAUUUGCGCGCAAUUUGGGCUGACGCGGACACACGGGCCAGCGGUGAGCUGUCACGCGUCACACCCCUCAACACCACCUUAAGCUCAAUCAUCCGCCUGGUGCUCUUCACCCUCCUUCUACUGAUAACUCGGUAUCAGAAUAUCGUAGUUUGAGAUGCUGCUAGCGCUUUUACGCUGUACUUCCCCCCUUCUUCCACGCUGUGAAGCAAUCGCUGCAGUCGCGGCUCAACUGUAGGAGCUAGCCAUAUG